AUGGGCUUCGAUGUAUCCUGCAUUGUGGGCCACGUGGACCAGGAGCUGAUCUGCCCCAUCUGUACGGAUGUCCUUGAGGAGCCAGUGCAGUCCAGCGGCUGUGAGCAUGCCUACUGUCGGGCGUGCAUCGACAAGUGGAUACAGCAGAAACAGAUCUGUCCGGUGGACCGGUCUGCCUUGCUUCCCGGCCAUUUGGUGCCCGUAUCCCGUCUGAUGCGCAAUAUGCUCUCCCGGCUAAAGAUCAAGUGCACCUUUGCCGAGAACGGCUGCUCCCAGCUGCUGGCCCUCGAGGGGUUCCGACGCCAUGUGGCUGGCUGCGAGCAUAAUCCCAAGGUCAUGGUCGACUGCAACAAGGGGUGCGGCAUGCAGGUGCCCAAGGACGAGCUGGCCACACACAACUGCGUGUUCGAGCUUCGGGAGCUGGUCCAGAGCAAAGUAACCGAGAUCGCCGAGCUGAAGAAAAAGCAGGCCAACCACGAGCUGCGCCUCGUAACCCAGGGAUGCGAGCUGGAGCUGCUCCAGUACUACAUUGCUGCCCUGAGGUCCACCAGUCCGCUGAUGCGCAAUAUCGGCGAGCAGCUGGAUCGCUAUUCUCUGAUGCAGUGGGGCCAUGGUCUGCCCCUGGGCGAUGUCCGCAAUUGGGGCAGUCUUAUUUCCACUCCGGACACCACCAUGCACGUAAUGGUGCGCGAUGUUCUGCGCAACUGCGGCUGUCCGAUGCACUUGGUGAAUCUGAUGUUGGACCGGUGUCACGAGGACCGUUGGCCCGAUGGCCUGACCUCGCUGGACGUCCGGCGCGAGAACCUAAAUCGCCUAAACCUGUAUGUCACCCGAAUGCUGCCCCCGCUGGCCAGCGGGAAGCCGUGCGUGGUGGUUCUCGGCGGGGACAACACCCACAUGGCAGAGAACCUCCGGCCCACCCUCGGGCUAGUGAUGAUAUUUGUCGACGGGGUCUAUGAGAUGCAAGAGAUCGUGCCGGAUGGCGAUUUCCUCUGAUCCAGGCAACAUUUGUAUCUACCAGGUCUAAAUUCUGUUUGGUAACAACCUACACUGGACCUACUGGACACGACACACGCUUUUAAUGUAAAAAAAUUUCACAACCUAAAUGAGUUGACCGCAUUCGGGCGAAGACCCCCGUCUCGGCUCGCUUAUCGGAACAACAAGAUAAGAAUUUCAUAAAAGG